AUGCAUCAUAUCCUUGUUAAUGCAUAUGGCCUCAAUGGUAUGGGUUUUGAAGCUGUUCAACUUUUUCAAAAAGUUCCAACAAAUAUUCUGGAUGCUUGUAUUUAUGUAUGUGUAUUAAAUGCUUGUUCUCAUGCGGGACUUAUCAAUGAAGCUCGUCAAAUCUUUGAGAUGAUUCCAUUUAAUCAAAGAGUAGAACAAAUUUACACUACAAUGGUUGAUACAUUUAAUCGUUCAUAUCUUUUUGAUGAAGCACAAAAAUUUAUUGAUGAAUUUGAAAAGUCUCAUCGUCCUUCUAUUCCAAUGUAUAUGUCAAUGCUUUCGUCUGCUCGAAAUGAAAAGAAUGGUUCAUUAGUACAGACGAUUUUUGAUCGUAUUGAAUCAAAAUUUUCCGACGUAGAAAGUUGUCUGACAUCAGCUACAGUUCUUCUUGCUAAUACACACGCAUUAAGUGGUAACAAGUCGCUAGCAUCAAACAUUCGCAUGAAAUUAGAUCAAUCUGGUAUGAAAAAAGUUGUUGGUAUUUCUUGGACGGUCGUCGAUGGAAAAGUUUUUAAAUUUCGAGCUCAUGAUCGAUCUCAUCCAUUCUCAACAGAAAUUUAUGCAGAAUUAGAUCGAUUACGAAUUGAGUUAAUGAAAUAUGAUUAUAAACCUGAUGAUUCUUGGAUAACAAGACCAUUGAAAAAUGAUGAAACAGCUGAAUCAGUAUUGUGUGGACAUAGCGAACGACUUGCUAUUGCUUUUAAUUUGAUUCAACGGCCAACUCCAACUCGUAUUCAGAUUGUAAAAAAUUUACGUGUUUGUGGCGAUUGUCGUUAG